GCCUGUAGCACGGAUGAUGUCUAGAAGCCAGCCUUGCCUGCCCUCCUGGCUUCUCUUGGUCCUGUGCUUCUGUCAUUCCGCAGAGGUGGCCAGCACGUUACAGCAAAGCUUCAAGAGUGAUCUCUCCCACUUUUAUCACACCCUGAUUCUCGCAGAUGGCAAGGAAACCACAAUCCACCUCUUCAAAGAUAUACCGAAAAGGUACUAUUUUGUUUUAGAGGAAGGCAGAACUUCCUCACCUUUCACAGUGACAGUGACGCCGUGCGAUGUCCCCAUUGAGUGGAAUAUACGGGUGCACAAGACUUCCACGAACUAUCUUGGGAAAGAGGCACAUGAUAAUUUGGACCUUCAGGAAGCCACAAAGUUUCAGAAGACCACAAAGAUGGUGUCUACUCUCUACAGCUAUAGAGGCAAUUCUGUGGAAACCUACAUGGGGACGUCUUACUAUUCUGCUGUCUAUAUGUUAGAAUUCCUAUCCAUUGAAAGAGACACUCAUAUCACAGUGUAUCUGACCACUGACGCAACGUCUGAACACCUGUAUCCAGAGCUCCCGAUGGAUCCACGCAUAGAUGUCAUUGGCAUUGGCCCCACCACAGUCACCCUGGCUUGGAAGCACAGUCCAACAGUCUUGCAGUACAAAGAAAACAUCCAGUACUGUCUCCUGAUGAACGAAAAGUACAACUACAAGAGUUUAUGUGCAGCAGAAACAGCUACAAGAUCGUCUGGGAUCAAAUCACUGCAAGCGCUCUCGUUCUCACUCUCUCCUUAUAUCCUGGAUCCUCAGCAAGUGGUGAUAUUGUCCAAUGGUGAACUGAGCAUCAUCAGCAAAGCUGGCAAUGGAGAGGUGAGGCAGAUAUGCGUGGGCUCCAAGAACACCUACACGGUGCCCAAUCUUUCUCCCAACACUCAGUAUUACUUUGACGUUUUUGUGGUCAACUUCCUCUCCAAUGCCAGUGCAGCCUAUACAGGCACCUUUGCCCGAACCCUCGAAGAACCUGAGCCCAAGGUUACUGACCUGAAGGACGGGAAGGUGAUUCAACUCACCUUGGAUGGAAGGAAACAAAAACACUAUUUGCAGUACCAGGCAAGGCACAAGCAGGUCCAAUUUGCCUUUCAGUCUUGCAGCGGCAAAAUACAAGUUGAAAUAUCAAGGGAUGGGAAGGUGCUGAUGACGGAGAGUUUUGCCGGCUUAAGACACUUCAUGAUGAAGGGACGGUUGGGUGACAGAUACUUGGUGCACCUGGGGUCCACAGAGCCUUCCAAUGAUUCCGUGAAGGUUCAAGUAUCCUCACUCUUCCACAAGCCUUUCUUCCCCGUUCUCCCAGAGAGCUUAAAGAUCAAGUCCUUCAGUAAGCUGAGAACUUGUGAUUCGGUCACUAUUGCCUGGCUAGGAACCCAGCAACUGAGCAAGUAUUGUGUAUACAAGAAACAGAUCGAGGAGGACCAGGUUUGGAUGGAAACAAGGAAUGCCGAUAGGUGCUCAGGACCUGAGUUGAGGCAGAAAGGUGAGAAGGUACUGUGCAAAUACUUCCAUGAUCUCAAUCUGCAGCGGGCAGUGACAACAGAAACCAUCAGGGGGCUGGAUGCAGGAACUGUCUACUUGUUUGAUGUCUAUCUCAUUGGAUCUUCUGGGAUUCCAGUCAGGUAUUACAGUAAAGUUGUAAAGACGCGGAAGAAAUGUUGA